AUGGUGUCCAUGCCUGUGCUGCUGCUUAGAUACGCAUCCAUAUCAAAAUCGCUCGGACUUGUAAGGUCAAAGUAUGGGAAGCCGGCUACAUACGACAACUUUGAACAAGUUAUUUGUGAAAGCGACGCCAAGGAAAACAAAACGAUGAGGACUUUCUCUCGUCUGGGAAAAGUUGUGAGCGUCCAGUUUCAUCACGCCGAGCUGGAGGAAACAGAACCUUGCCUGCUCAAUGCGAAUUUUGCUGCGGAUGGUUUACCACUGUCAAAAACGUACAACAACGGUGUGCUGACAACGUAUACAUAUGAUGACCUCUCCCGGAGACUCACCAGAGAGCAGUCAUUCCGGAAAGCUGCUGCCGGUAGACAUGAAGUCGUGCAAGAUCUCUCUCACGUCUACGACUGCGUGGGUCGCCGCAUUCGAACCGAAGAUGCGGUUGAGCAAACGCAGUACUUCAGAGGAUGCGCAGUUGGCGCGAAAUGGGAGUACAGCUACGAUGCCAUUGGCAACAUCACAGAGGCGUGGGGUCGUGGGCAACUCCCUACAGGGGGAAAGGGACGAGGAGGAAGAGAUGUUCGCCUUGCGGCUCCCAACGCGAUGGAUGGAAUGAAACCUGGAGAGGGCGUGACGGAUGGCACAAGGCUCUAUCGCUAUUGCGAGUCCUACACCUACGACUUGUGCGGAAACAUCAUGUCCAUGACACACGCGGUGCCAGACGACCAGUUCGUCUCUGGGUGGACAAGGCGGUAUUACUACGAGGAGUCAAGCUCUCUAGCAGAUGAUGAAAGCGUGAAGAGCAAUCGUCUGACUCGCACUGUGGUGGGCGAGACCGAGGACAAGUACACAUAUGGGGGAGAGGCUGGGCUGGUGGGCUGCAUCACGACACUACCCAGGUUUUCACUCUUGCAAUGGAACUUUGACAAUAUGCUGGCUGCAUCAUCUGGCCAAGACUUGGACAGCGGGACCCCGGAGAUGACGUACUAUGUCUAUGACUACGCGGGCAAGAGAGUUCGAAAGGUCACUGAGUCUUCGACGGCUAUGCCUGCAGGCGAAGUAGCCUCUGAUGGGUCGUCACGCAAGAUGAGGGACACGUUGUACCUGCAUGGCGUUGAAGUUCAACUUCGCAUGGCGAGCAACAGCUCCAAACCCGCAUCAGCACGCACCAUUACCCGAGUGACGGGUGACCCAGGAGAAUUUCUCUCUCUGGUGGAGUCAUCUUCCGACUCGGAUGAGGUUCUCGAGCGUUAUCAGAUCGGAUUCAAUCUCGAGCUGGACGACGAGGGGCGUCUCAUCACAUACGAGGAAUAUUCGCCCUUUGGAACAGUCGCGUACACGGCUACGCACCAGGCUGUUGAGGCCCCUCGGUCCUACCGGUUUGCCAGGUACGAGCAUGACCGAGAGACAGGACCGUAUCACUGUGGAUCACGCUAUUACUGUCCAUGGUUGGGUCGCUGGACGUCUCCUGACCCGUUGGGUGAUGUGGAUGGGCCAAAUCUGUUUGUGUACUGCGGCAACGAUCCUAUAGGUUUGGACGAUCACGCCGGGACUUCUACGUUCCCAAAAGCCGGCGCGAACUUCAGGCGGACGCCGAGCUUGCACGCUCCCAAAUCGCUUAGGUCUCAGAGUGUGCGCGACGUCAGCCUCAUGAAUGGAACAGCCUUAUCCGGGGCUGCUCCCAAGUUUGCGCUGCCACAGUUACAAACUAAAGACAUCAAGGUAGGACCCUUUCAAGACACAAUGCUGAAAGAUGUUGUUCAGAUGGACUCCGGCGCCAGGGGAAGGCCUGAAGAUCGAGUCCAAAGGGUCGCGGUAAAUCGUGCCAAUUCAAGUGCCCAUGGGAUGCAAAUCGGCAUGGCGAAAGCAGCGAGGGACUUCGUUCAGAGAGUCGAAAACACGGUCGGCGCGCUGAAGACGGUGAAGCGUGGUGACGCCCAGAAAAAGUGGGAUGAUGCGGUAGGCGGGCUCACAAAAAAGUUCGAGGAUGUCAAGACGACUCUCGGGCAUGAGACGAUAUCGAAUACGGGUAUGGGGUUGGCCAUGAAAGAUUUGGCAGGAUCGUUCGGUGCCCUCGAACAGAAGACUUGGGGAAGCUUGAAAGCACAGCUUGGGCAGAAGUCUUGGAGAGAGGUCCAUUUUUUAAAUGGGAAGCUAAAAGCUGAGCCGCUGAAUCUGAACCAAAUCUCGAAUGAUAUGGUUGGAGAUGUUAAGAAGUUCCAGAGGUUGAAUGGUGUUGUAGAGAACUACAAAACUCGGGGUAAUAAAGUUCUGGAAAAGCUAAGGCGCUGA